AUGAUCAACGACCUGACACAGUCCUCCGCAUCCAACAUCGAUGAGGCUAUGGAGCUGGUAAACUUCGGCACGAGGAUGAGGAGCAUUGCCUCGACCUCGAUGAACCAUCGCUCCAGCCGAGCCCAUACGGUCUUCACUUUCCGCUUUGAGCAGACGGCCAAAGAUGGGGAAACGCAGAUGGCCCAAGUGCAGCUAGUGGACUUGGCGGGUCGGGAGCAGGAAAAGAGCAGUGUGGACAACAAAGACCGGUUGCGUGAGAGGCAGUUCAUCAACACCUCGCUCUUCCAUUUGUCCACCUGCAUCAUCAACCUGUCCCGCUCCAGCAAGGGCCGGAAAGUCACACCCACCGACUUCGCCUUUCGGAACAGUCGCCUGACGCUGCUUCUGGCCAACUCGCUCAGUGGCAACUCUCGAACUGGGAUGGUUGCGGCUCUGAGCCCGGCGAGUUCCGACCUGGAUGAGACGCUAAGCACUCUUCGGUUCGCCGACAUGGUGAAGCAGAUACGGACUCGUGUCACCAGCAACCGCGUCAACAAGGCCAAUCUCAUCAAGCAACUGCAGGAUGAGAUCGUCCGCUUGAAGAGCCAGGUCGAGUCGAGGUGGAACACCGACGAGCAGAUUGCGCAGCUUGAGGCCGUCUGCACUCACUUCAAGGACGCCUUGGAGCAGGAGAAGAGUCGCAGCGAGGCCCUCGCUGCCGAGCGCGCGGCCUGUCUCAAGGAGAUGGGACUCAGUGUAAACUCCGAGGGCGUCUCUGUGGUUGUUGCAUCGCAGGGCGACGCCGGAGUGCCCUAUCUCGUGAAUCUUUCAGAGGAUCCGUACCUCCAGGGGUGCUUGAUGUACUUCCUGCCUGGGCCGGAGGUGACAAUUGGCUCCUCCGACGGCAACAACGUCCGCAUGAGCGGCCUGGGCAUGAAACCUCGCCACUGCCGAAUCUGCAACGAAGGCAAUCGAAAGUUGGUGCUUCAUCCCAUUGCUGCGAGUGAUGAGAAGGACAUUCCCCGGGUGUUGCUGAACGGCCGCCGCGUCACCGAAGCCGUGCAGAUCCAACACCAGGAUCGACUGAUCCUGGGGCAUGCCUGGGCCUUCCGGGUCGCUGUGCCGCUCACAGCAUCUGAGCUGAGGGCGGCAGACACAGCCGUGAAGGAAGGAGGCACACAUGCGGAUAGCCAAGCUGAGCUGGACCAGGCAGUUGCCGAGAUCGAGGACUCGUCGAGCCAAAGUUUCCAACAUCUUCGGAAGUUCGUCGAGGACCUCGAGAAGUGCGCUGGCACGGACUGCGCACGGACCUUCGUGCGGGCCCCGGCUUACUUUGCGGUUCUGUUGUAA